UCAGAGACGCCCCGCGAAUAUUUACCUAAAGUGUUUGGCUUGAUUGUGUUGUAUAUGUUUGCGUGAAGGUGUUGACAGACGUGUUUGGGAUUUUUGGUUGAUUUAGAACAGUUUUAUUAUGUUCACAAAUAAGUGAAAGUGCGAUGAAAUUAAUAUUUGCUGCUGCAACCUGUUUAGGAGAGUGAAUAGUCCACAGUGUGUGCGACUCACAGGAUAAAACCCUUAAUCCUGCUUGCCAUCCGUUGCUGAUAAUCUUUACUUUGCGUAUUUUUAGUAUUUUUUGUUCGAAACAGAAUUGUAAUCGAUGGAGAACUUUAUCGGAAUAUUAUCUCCUAAAUUAUCGGCGGAACUUAUUGCAAAGCGGGCAGCUCACGUUUCAAUUGUAGAUGAUGGUAUAAAACUCUUGUCAGAGGAAGUGUUUCGGGCUCUGAAGUGUGGGAAGCUUGCUAUUCAAAAUUUCUCACAGAAUGAGUUGCACCCUAGUUCUGAUAAUGAAUCAGCUGUACCUUGGUUGUUUCUUGUGGAUACUUUAAAUUUUUCCUUUUGGUAUCCAGAGGGCUGUGCCAAGAAAUGGGAAGUAACUUGGCGAGGAAAAACAUACACAGGAUAUUUUGCCCUUUGUGCGGCUGUAAACAGAGCAAUUUCGGAAGGAGUGCCCAUGACUGAUGCAAAAUUUUGUUCCAAUGUGACCCUGGAUCAACUACGGCACAUACUUCGUGGUGAUAAGGAAACUGAUGUCCCAUUGCUACAUGCAAGAGUAGAUUGCUUAAGAGAAGUGGGGAAUGUACUUAUGGACAAGUAUCAGGGGUCAUUUGUGAAUUGUUUAAAAGAAAGCCAAAACUCUGCUCAGAAAUUGCUUCAGCUUGUGGUCGACAAUUUUCCCUGUUUCAGAGAUGAGGCAGAAUUUGAAGGUUAUGCAGUAUCAUUUUACAAGAGAGCGCAAAUCCUCAUAGGUGAUAUAUGGGCCUGCUUCAAGGGAGAAGGUCUAGGUUAUUUCAAAGACAUUGAUUCCCUUUCAAUGUUUGCAGAUUACAGGGUCCCACAGGUUUUGGUCCAUUUUGGAGCAAUGAAAUAUACUGAUGAACUCAUGGAGCUGUUAAAAUCUGGUCACAUACUAGCAAACGGUAGCCGAGAAGAAGUUGAAAUUCGAGGAGUUUCGAUUGAAGUGGUUGAGCGUGUUUGCAAACAAGUGAGGCAACUUCUGCAAGAGUACAAUAUCAACAAUGUUACAGUUAACUCAGUUCUUAUUGACCAUUACCUAUGGGACUACCGGCGAGAACAUGCAGAUUCUCUCGAAUAUAUUCCCUUUCACAAAGUGCGCUGUAUUUAUUACUGAACAUCAAGCGUGGAGUAAAAUUAAUUUUUAUUGCAUGUCAGCAGAUAAUCUGAAAAUAGCUUGAAUGAAGACUGUGAAGUUCAUAAACAAUUGUUUCUAUAGAUAUAAAAAAGUGUCCUGUUUAUCCUCCUGACAAAUACUUCGCAUUAUAGUAUUCUGGAGCAAUUUAAAAAAGUUAUAUUUUGAAUUGUUAAGAAAAGAAAGCUUCCAAAAUGAGAAAGAUCAGUUGGAGUAAACUAUGUAUUGCACAACAAGACCAGCAAUGGACAGAUAACAACAUUUGCUACAAGUUAACAAAAAUUUUUACCUCAUGCAUAUGUAUAGCUGCAUCCAUAUUAAUUGACAGUAUAACACAACCAAAUUGAGCAGCCUUUAUAAUUGCACCGAUACAGAACAACACUAAUUCCAUUUUUCUUUUUAUAAAAUUCAAACAGUAUCACUUAAUUUUCUUUCAGUUCUGGGCUCUUCUUUCUUCAGGGUUCUGAAAAUAUAGUAAAAGUUAAGCUGUUUUUAAGGCUUACUUGAGCACAUCAGAGCUUUAUUAGACACUGUCCUAUUUGAGGUGCUGUGCCCUUACCUUCCUCUGACCAUUUGCAUUAACUUACCCAGCCAGUUAUAGAGGGGACUACAGUUUAAUUUGAAAUUUGAACAACAGUAUGGCUUGGCAUUUCUUAUGUUAAUAAACAUUGCAAGAGAUAAAAGAAAUGACCAGUGACAAAUAAAAGUCUUAGGUCUGACCAGGGAUUGAACCCAACAUCUUUACAUCCGUAGUCUGGCAGAAGUUGUCUUCCAGUAUGUGGAAUAGAGCAGGCGCACACCUUCAAGUAUCCCAACUGGUGGAUGAGUGUGUCAUCACUACCAACAGAGAUGUCCAGUUGUGCAGAGAUAAUACUCAGUCAAAUGAAAACUCCUACUAUUAAUACAAAAACACGCUGAAUAAAUCUGAACAAGCCUUUUUGUAACUCACCUUAUGCUUACUAAUCCUAUACAUAGUUUACAAAGCAAUAUAACUGGAAUGCAAUUUUACAUGCACGGUGCAUGUACCCUUUAUGCACAGAUUAUUGGAUGGGCUGUCAUCAUUAUUAAUUCAGAAGUUCCCUUGACAAAACUGUUAAGAGAAUGAAUAAAUGCAAGUGCAACUGUGUCAACACACCAUGUACGAUUUAAACUAAAAGAUGUAGAACUAGAUUGUGUAGCCUUUGCAGGUGAUAUGGCACUAACUACCAAAGACAUCACUGUUCCACAACAACUUAAUUUUUAUGAGAAUAAGAAAGGAAAAUUGGACUACCAAUUUCAUCUGGGAAAAUAAAAUU